AUGCCCUCUCGCUCAGACAUCUUCUACUUCGGCGCCGGCCCAGCGCCGCUGCCAACGCAGGUGCUCGAGCGCGCAUCGUCAGCGCUGCUCAACUACGCCGACAAGGGCAUCGGCAUCUGCGAGAUCUCUCACCGUUCGCCCGAAGCGAACGCGAUCCUCGCCGACGCCAAAGCGGCCAUGACGCAGCUGUACGACAUCCCGGACGACUAUGACAUCCUGUUCCUGCAGGGUGGCGGCAGCGGCGAGUUCAGCGCCGUCGUGCACAACUUGGUGGCGGCGUGGGUCGAGAAGCGACGGGCGAAGGCCGCCGCUGAGCUCGGUGAGGAUAAGAAGGACGAGAUCCUGGCCCGUCUGAGGAAGGAGGUCGCGGAGGAGCUGAGGGCGGAUUACCUGGUGACGGGCUCGUGGUCGCUCAAGGCGUCGCAGGAGGCGGCGCGGCUGAUGGGCGCGCAGCACGUCAACGUCGCCGUCGACGCGCGCAAGGCUAACAAUGGCAAGUUCGGCACCAUCCCCGCUGAGAGCGAGUGGGCGCUGAACAAGCGCGCGGCGUACGUCUACUACUGCGACAACGAGACGGUCGACGGCGUCGAGAUGCCGGGCUUUCCCGCGUCACUCGAGGGCGAAGAUGCGCCGCCGGUCGUCGCGGACAUGUCGUCCAACUUCAUCAGCCGCAAGAUCGACGUGCGCAAGUACAGCGUCAUCUUCGGCGGCGCGCAGAAGAACAUCGGCAACGCCGGCAUCACCAUCGUCAUCGUCAAGAAGGCGCUGCUGGCCGCCCAGGCUUCGGCCGACCUCCUGCGCCAGCUCAACCUGCCCAUCGCCCCCAUCGUCUUCGACUGGCCGACCAUCGCGAAGAACAACUCGCUCUACAACACCCUGCCCAUCUUCGACGUCUGGGUCGCCGGCCAGGUUAUGCAGGGCCUCGUCCAGGCCUUUGGCGUCCAGAAGAUUGCGGGCCAGGAGAGCGUCGCGAAUCAGAAGGCCGAGCUGCUGUACAGCGUGCUGGACAGGUACCCGGACGCGUACAGGGUCGUGCCGCACAAGAGCGCGCGCAGCAGGAUGAACCUGUGCUUCAGGGUGCACGGCGGCGACGACGCCAAGGAGAAGGAGUUCCUGGCCGGCGCUGAGAAGAGGGGUCUGACCGGCCUGAAGGGCCACAGGAGCGUCGGUGGUAUCAGGAUUAGCAACUACAAUGCUGUGCCCGUCGAGGGUGCUCAGAAGCUGGCCCAGUACUUGGAGGACUACGCCAAGGGCUUGUAA